AUGGAGAGCGGAGCAGGCAUCACAAAUCAGAGGCAUGCCGUUGUACUCAAGGAUUCAUCAUGGUUUGGCCAAUUCCGGAAUGGUUUCAAUCCCUGGAUGGCCAGAUAUGUUUAUGGCUUGAUCUUUCUUUUUGCAAAUCUUCUAGCUUGGGCUGCUAGGGACUAUGGCCGUGGUGCCUCAAAGACAAUGGAAAGAUUAAAAGUGUGUGCGGGAAAAUCUGACUGUUCUGGUGCUGAAGGAGUUCUGCGUGUGAGCUUGGGCUGCUUUAUAUUUUACAUGAUAAUGUUUCUUUCUACGGUUGGUACUUCAAAGUUGCAUGACUGCAGAGAUGCAUGGCAUUCUGGAUGGUGGACUGCUAAGAUUAUCUUGUGGAUUGCCUCAACAAUUAUCACAUUUUUGGUGCCCUCUGCCUUUAUUCAAAUUUAUGGAGAGAUUGCACAUUUUGGUGCGGGGGUGUUUCUCCUGAUUCAGCUAAUAAGUGUAAUCAGUUUUAUUCGAUGGCUGAAUGAUUGUUGCCAAUCUGAAAAAAAUGCAGAAAGAUGCCACAUCCAUGCAAUGCUAAUUGCAACUACUUCAUAUGUAGUAUGCAUAGUUGGGGUCAUUUUAAUGUACAUUUGGUACGCACCAGAGCCAUCCUGUCUACUUAACAUUUUCUUCAUCACCUGGACUCUGGUACUUCUCCAGCUCAUGACCAGUGCUUCUCUCCAUCCCAACGUGAAUGCUGGCUUUUUGACUCCGGGGCUCAUGGGGCUCUACGUUGUAUUCCUCUGCUGGUGUGCCAUCAGGAGUGAACCAGCAGGGGAAAGUUGCAACAGGAAGGCAGAAGCUUCAAGAAGAACAGAUUGGCUUACCAUUAUAAGCUUUAUUGUUGCACUGCUUGCGAUUGUUAUAGCCACAUUUUCUACAGGCAUUGAUUCCAAAUGCUUCCAGUUCAGGAAGGGGGACACACAGGCUGAGGAUGAUGUUCCAUAUGGUUAUGGCUUUUUCCACUUUGUUUUUGCCACAGGAGCAAUGUACUUUGCGAUGCUAUUGAUUGGCUGGAACACUCAUCACAUCAUUGAGAAGUGGACCAUUGACGUGGGUUGGACCAGUGCUUGGGUCAGAGUAGUGAACGAAUGGCUCGCAGUUUGUGUUUACUUAUGGAUGCUGGGGGCUCCAAUACUACUGAAGAUCAAACAAGCAGCAGAACCUGUUUAA